CCCGCAAAUCACAUCACCAGCAGCCACCACCGUCCCUCCGAUUCCACAUCCGCUCGCAGCUCGAGAUCGUCAGCCAUGUCCGGGCGCGGCAAGGGAGGCAAGGGGCUCGGCAAGGGCGGCGCCAAGCGCCACCGGAAGGUGCUGCGCGACAACAUCCAGGGCAUCACCAAGCCGGCGAUCCGGCGGCUGGCGCGGAGGGGCGGCGUGAAGCGCAUAUCGGGGCUCAUCUACGAGGAGACCCGCGGCGUGCUCAAGAUCUUCCUCGAGAACGUCAUCCGCGACGCCGUCACCUACACCGAGCACGCCCGCCGCAAGACCGUCACCGCCAUGGACGUCGUCUACGCGCUCAAGCGCCAGGGCCGCACCCUCUACGGAUUCGGCGGCUAGGCCGCCACCAGAUCAGUAGCUAGACUGUCGUUGUUUGGUAGUACCAGCAGUGCUCGUGGUCCUCUUGUGUAAUGGCAGCAUCUCGCUGCUGUUAACCCUUGUUGUCUGGAUGUACUACUAGGAUGGAAUGGAAAUUGUAGCAGUUUGCCCUUGAA